CACUCAAUCAACCAUAAUUCAUGAAACUCUUUUCGAUGCGUAGUAGUAACAAACAAACAAAUGCACAAUCCUCCACGAUACUGUCUCACCGCUCCAACUGCAACACAAGAUCCCUCCUUUUUUAGUUUUCUUCAACAAAAACCCAAUAAUCAGACCCCUCUUUUCGAGAUCUGGGCCUUGGGUGAAGUAGGCAGUGGGAGUCUUGUUUGAUGGAAAUGGAAGAUAAUCAUGAGAGACAAGGCUCUCCAGCAGCUGGGGAAGGCGAGGGGCUUGCUUCUGUGGAAAUCCUCUAUGAUGCAACAGUAGCUGAGAGUGCUGCCGAUUCAGUUGAUCAGAUAGAUCCCGUCAGCCCAAGUAACAGAUCUGCAUUAGAUUCUUUCCAAAGUUUACCAAAAGACACAAGGCCAGCAGAGGAUGGGGUAAGGGAAGAUACAUUUGUUGAUUGUCCAGAUGAAAUAGAACCUUCUGAAUCCCAACAGAAUUCUGAGGAGAAGGAUGAUCUACAAGAUGAUCAAGCUGAUGAAUCAGAUAGUGGAAUCAAAGUCCCUGAAAUGAUAGCUGAGAUAGAACUGCUGCGAGAUAAGCUUGAGAAGAGUGUUUUUGAGAAAGAGCAAUUGGCACAAGAGUACGAGGGAGAAAGAGCAGUGCUUUUGCGAGAACUUUCCCAAUUUUGUCACCAGUUGAAGGUUUUGAACGAGCAACACCUUGCAGCAGAUGACAAUGUCGAUGGAUUCAUUAAUCAUCAUCAAAAUGAAGUGGUAACUUGGGAUGCAACUGUGGGAUCUGGUGCCUCUCUGCAUGAGAUUAUAAGUGAGUGCUCUAGAUUGCUUGAAGUUUCCACGAAUAAACGUCAGCAGACCGAGGAGAAAGUGAAUGAGCUCCAUUCUGUAUUAUAUUCAAAAGAUCAGGAAAUUGAUUUUCUCAAUGCAAAGGUUGCUGACUUAACUGAAUCAAGCAAUUUAGCUUGGUCUGAUGCAAAUUCAAAGCAUGAUGAUAUGUCUCGAUUAUAUGAAGCGCGGCUUGAGACUGAUCGGCAUAUUGAGGAAACUGCAAACAGGAUUCUAUCAUCCCUUACCAUGGUGGAUUAUCAGGAUGAACUGUGGAACAGGUCUCUUAUAGAAAAGAUUUAUAGUAUUGAGAAAUCUGUCACAUUUGUGGUUGAAAAGUAUAAUACUCUUGUUUCUGGAAGUGACCAGCUUAAGGGAUGUUUAAAUGAGGUAGGAUCAGAUUUCAACAGGAUUGAUGAAAUUGGAACUUUUGCCUUGGCCCAUGAUAAAAUUCUCGAACUCAAAAGGAAGGAAGAGGACAUGUAUCAAAACCUUAGCAAUUUAGAAGUUGAAAAUAGGAAUUUGGUGGAACAACUAGAGAAGCAAAACUUAGCUCUUGAAAAUGUGAAUGCAGAGAUUCGAAGACUUAGUGCAGAAGUUGAUCAAGAAAAGAACAGGUAUGCAAACACAAAAGAGAAGCUUAGCAUGGCCGUGACAAAAGGAAAGGCAUUGGUACAGCAGAGAGACUCGCUAAGGCAAUUGUUGCAAGAGAAAACUAGCGAGUUGGAUAGAUGCUCAAUUGAACUGCAAGAGAAGUCUACUGCUCUGGAGGCUGCAGAAAGGGAAAAGGAAAUGGUUGCAUCUACUGAAAAAUUUGCUGCUUCGCUGCAAGAGUCUCUUGCAGAGAAGGAAAUGGUUCUUCAGAAAUGUGGAGAAAUAUUAUCCGAGAGUUUGGAAACUAAGGAACUUCAGCCAACAGAUAUUGCUGAGAUGAUCAGAUGGCUUGCAGAUGAGAACAAAUCACUUAAGGAUAUAUCUCUACAAUAUCGUAAACUGACUGAUGCAUUAUCGUCCUUUGAUUUUCCUGAAGCAGUGGCUUCAAGUGAACUAGAUGUGCGUGUCCAUUGGCUUGCAGAAUCAUGUUACGUGUUUAAAGAAGAAGCUAUGAAAUUGCAACAUGAGAUAGCUAAAGCAGUAGAGGCUGCAAAUGGGAAGAUAGAGCACCUUACCACAUCACUAUUAGCUGAAAUACAGGAGAAAAAUGAUCUUCAAACAGAACUGGAGGUUUUGAGAAGUAAUCAUGAAGCUCAUGAAAGGUCACAAAAUGAGCUAGCUGAAACUAGGCAGGCUGAAAACAAUGAGAUUGAUCGCCUAACAUCAUCUCUUUUAGCAGAAUCACAGGAGAAGAGCCAUCUUCAGUUGGAACUGGAGAACAUGAGACAGAAAUACGAAGAAGUUGUGGAAAAGGAAUAUCAGGUUUCACUUGAGAAGGAUAAAAUAGUAGGUAUAUUGCUGGAAGCAUCUGGACUGGCAAAUGAUGGUCAUAGAGAGGUUCAUCUAGAGAGCUCUUACACGAGCUCCAUUGUUGAUUCUUGUGUUGCAAAGAUUAGGGAAAAUGCAUGUGCCAAUGAACCUUCACUAGUUAAAACUGAGUCCUUUGAAAGCUUUGCCAGUCUUCUGUAUGUCAGAGAUCUGGAAAUGACUCUAUAUAAGCAACUAACAGAGGAAGGUAUAUUGGAUAGGGCCCAGGUCUUUCAUUUGUCAGAGGAGUUGAAAAUGAAAACUCUAGAACUUAAUUCCCUUAAGGAUGAAAAGGCAGUUAUGCAGAAAAGCCUUGAUCAAUUAGAGGAUAGAUGUGCUUUAGUGAAGGAGAAGCUAUCUAUGGCAGUCAAAAAAGGCAAGGGGCUUGUUCAAGAACGGGAGAACCUGAAAGGUUCUAUAAAUGAAAAGAAUGCUGAAAUCGAGAAUUUGAAGGCUGAAUUGCAGCAAUAUGUGACGAAAUAUGCUGAAUGCCAGGAUCAGAUCUCUAAAUUGUUAGUUGAUGUGGAACGUAUAUCUCUCUUGGAGAGAGACCUAGUCUCUACCAAGGAACAAAAAGAUCAACUUGAGCAGUUCUUAGCAGAGAGCAACAGCAUGCUACAAAGAGUCAUGGAGUCAAUUGAAGGCAUUAGUACUCCGACUGAUCUCUUCGUCAAUGAUUCCAUAGAAAAGGUAAAAUGGCUUGCUGGAUAUCUUAGUGAAUGUGAAAUUUCCAAGGCACAAAUGGAACAAGAACUGAGGACUGUAAAUGAUGAAGCCAGUUCAUUGGCCAGCAAAUUGUCUGAAGUCCAGACAGUGAUGAAGUCACUUGAAGAUUCCUUAUCAGUUAUAGAAAAAAACAGGUCUGAGCUCUUGGACGAGAAGAAAGAACUUGAGGUUUCCAAGGCUCUUAUGGAGGAGGAACUGCAGAAGGAAAAAAACCAAGCUUAUUCACAUACAAGCAAGUAUGAGGAGCUUUUUAUGAGUACAAAAGCACUUGAAGAUGCUCUGUCAAUAGCAGAGGAGAAUGUUUCCAGGGUCACGAAUGAGAGAGAUGCAGCUAUAGAAGGCAAACCUCUUGCUGAAGAGCGGCUAAAUAAAUUAAACGAGGAGCUCUCUGAUCAUGUUAAAAAACUUGGCGAUGCUGACAAAAUUAUUCAGUCCCUUGAAGAUGCAUUGUCUCAGGCUCAGAAGAAUGCUUCACUUCUUGCGGAAGAGAACAGUAAAGUUCAAACUGGACAGGCUGAUUUGGAUGGUGAGAUAAAGAGAAUCAGUGAAGAAGCUGACUUGCUUGCUAGCAAGCUUUCUGAAUCCUUCGUAACAAUCCAAUCGCUUGAGGGAGAAUUACUAAAUUCACAGAAUAACAUGGCAGAUCUGGUUCAGGAAAAGAGAAAUGCUGAGGAAGAGAUAAAUUCACUUACCUCUCAACUGAAAUCUUGUAUGGAGGAGUUAGCUGGCAACCGAAGUAGCAUACAGAGUCGGACUUUGGAGCUCUCUGGUCAGCUUGACAGUCUUCAGUUACUUCUAAAAGAUGAGACACUUUCAACCUUGCUAGGACAAUGUUUCCAGAGAAAAUUUGAGAGCCUAAAGAACAUAGAUUUUAUACUUAAAGAAAUCUGGGACUGUUCCCUGGAAAUGGACUCUGAUAUGCAGCAAAACAGUCUUAUCAUGAAGGACGAUUCGUCUAUUUCUACUACUUUCCCAUCUAACACUGAUAUUGCUCCAAACUUGGAAAUAUUGAAUGAUGAGGGAAAUGCCAUUGAUGGAGAGAGCAUGUCGGACAUUGAGAAGAUGGUUAAAAGAUAUCAUCUGAGAAGCAAAAUUCUUGCUGAUAAUUUCGGUAAGUUGUCCACACUUUUCGAUGAAUCAAUGGAUGCUCUGCUGAGAGGGUUACAGUUGAGAAAGGAUAAAAUAGUCAAUGCAAUGAAAUAUACAUGCUCUCUCAAAGAUCAAGUGAAGGACAUUGAAAUGGAUAAGAAGAGACAGGAGGAUACUAUAGCGUCACUGGAACGUGAUAUCAAAAUUUUGUUGUCUGCUUGUACUGAUGCCACUCAAGGAUUGGAUUUGAAUGUAAAUGAAGUUGUGUCCAAGCUGAGAUCUAUCAAUGAAUUGGUAAACCUAGAUGGCAGAAGGUCCAUGGAUAUGGAAGCAGUCAAUGAUGAUCAAGAAAUAGCACUUGCUACUGACCAUGUGAAGAAGGCUCAUGAGCUACUACUUGCUGCAAGACGGAAUCAAGAUCUCGGUAUCCUGUUUCAGGAUGCUAUAAGUAAGUUGACGAAUAUGACAGAGAAUAUGCAAAACAAACUGAAAGCAACUCAGCUGACUUCUGAUGAAAUCUUGGAAGAGAGAGAUCUAUACAAAGAUAAAAUCUUGAAACUGGAGACUGAUUUGAAAGAACAGCAAAACUUGCACCAUGAGAUUACUAUAGAACUAGAAGAUAUGCGGAGCAAACUGAAAGAAAUGCAAGUAACUUGUGACGAAGCCUUGGAGGAAAGAGAUCUAUACAAAGAAAAAAUCUUGAAAUCAGAGACUGAUCUGAAAGCACAGCAAGAUGAAAUUAAUGAGAUGGCAAUUAAGCUAGAAGAUCAGAGGAAAAAAGAGAAUGAACUGAGAAAAAGAGAAGCAGAAUUGUCUACCUCGUUCUCCAAAUUUCGCGAACUGGAGGAGACUUUAUCAGCAUCUCAAGUUAAAUCCAUUCUUGAUAAAAUAAAACUCGUUGAUGUCCCUGAUGCUGCAUUUGCAUUUGGAGACUCAGAUAAUUCAGCCAAUGUAAGAAAGCUAUUCUAUGUCCUAGAUAGUUUUAGUGGAUAUAUGGAUCAGGUUAGCUCGUUAUCUCAUCAGAAUGGAGAGCUACACUCGACCAUUGAUAAGCAGGUUCUUGACAUGGAACAGCUGAAGAGGCAAGUUGAAGAUUACGUGGCCAAUGAGAAAAAUUCUGAAAAAUUGAACAAGUUGUUAGAGCUCGAAUCGGGUUUGCAGCUUAUUGCAAAGAAGCUGGGGGGCGGUGAUGUGAUGGAUGAUUCCAAAGUAAAUGGGGGUCUAUGGCUCCUUCCCUUGCUUGAAAAACUAGUUGCAGCUGUGAUGCAUGAAUCUGAAACUCUGAAACUUAAAAAUGAAGAUCUCGGUGCCAAACUGCUUGGGGCCCAAAAGGCUGUGGAUGAUUUGUCAAACAAGGUUAAAUUACUAGAAGAGUCUAAUCAAGCCAGAGAAAUUGUAGGGGAGAUAGACCAGGAAAGAGGAACAUCCCUAGCUUCCUUGUCUACUCAGACAGAGAUAUCAGAAAUGCAAGAUGUGGCAACACUUCCCAAGAGCAACAACAUUCCUUCUGUUUCAUCUGCUGCACACGUGCGUACGUUGAGGAAGGGUUCGAGCGAUCACCUUGCUAUCAAUAUCGAGUCUGAGACCGAACGGUUCAUUAAUGAUAAGGGAUCUGAUGAAGAUAAAGGUCAUGCAUUCAAGCCGCUGGUUACUUCUGGUAUGAUUCCUAGACAGGGGAGAACACUUGCAGAUCGAGUUGAUGGAAUCUGGGUGAAUGGGAGUCGAGCUUUGAUGAGCCAUCCAAGAGGGAGGCUAGGCGUGAUUGCUUAUUGGCUCGUGUUGCAUAUUUGGUUAGUCGCCACAUUUUUGUGAUAGGAUUGUAGAAUAGGGUUUAGUGAAGGUUACUUCCAUAUGUAAAUGUAAAUGUUCCAUCACUCUCCCAAUUUGUUUCUCUGCAAUCUAAUAUUAGGGAUUCAGAGAAUUUACCCCCAGGAACUGUUCUUGCUUCAGUGUGAGGAAAUAAAUUUGGUAUUUCAGAAUGAAUCAAUGAUUUAUUUAGUCAA